GAACCCGCAACAGUGUGUAUAACUUCGUAGGCUCUCACCGGCUAGCUUCAGUUGUAAGCGAGAGAGAGUACGUGCAAGACGAGAGAGGUAUAGCCCAAACAGUUGCCCAUACGUGUUUCAUCUCGACUUGUUGAUUCCCACAUAGGAAGCAACCAUGGGCAAGGAUUAUUACAAGAUCCUUGGGAUCUCCAAGGGUGCCUCCGAUGAAGAUAUCAAGAAAGCCUACAGAAAAAUGGCACUUAAGUACCACCCGGACAAAAACAAGUCUUCUGAUGCAGAGGAGAAAUUUAAAUCUGUAGCAGAAGCUUAUGAGGUUCUGAGUGAUAAGAAGAAGCGGGACAUAUACGAUCAGUACGGCGAGGAAGGCCUUAAGGGAGGAAUACCUGGCGGUGGUGGUGGUGGUGACGGCACUCACUUCACAUACACCUUCUCCGGCGACCCGCGAGCAACCUUCCAACAGUUUUUCGGAACCAAUGAUCCAUUCGCCAAUUUCUUCAAUAUGGGUGUGGAUGGUCACGGUCCACAUGGUGUCUUUGAAGAAAUGGAUGUUGAAGACGACCCAUUCAUCACUAUGAUGGGUGGUGGCCCCCAUCGCAUGGGUGGUGGCACACGACGAGCCUUUAGCUUUAACCCUCACGAUGCAACUAGGCCACAAGGAGGCAAGACUCGUAACCAGGACCCAGCUGUGACCAGGGACCUGUACGUCACGUUAGAGGAAGUUGCGAAGGGCGUUACCAAGAAGAUGAAAAUUACUCGCAAUGUCGCAGCAAGUGACGGACGAACAACCCGGCGAGAAGAGAAGAUUUUGACAAUCGACGUGAAACCUGGUUGGAAGGAAGGCACGAAGAUCACCUUCGAGCGCGAGGGCGACCAGUCACCUGGUAAAAUUCCUGCAGAUAUUAUCUUCGUCAUCAGAGAUAAGCCACAUCAGCACUUCAAGCGUGACGGUGCCAACCUUCAGUACACGGCAAAACUGACUCUACGCGACGCUUUGUGUGGUACUCGGGUGGCUGUGCCCACCCUGGACGGUCAGAGGGUCACCUUAAACUUCAGCAGCGAGGUGGUGCGACCACAGACCACAAAACGUCUGCAAGGAUAUGGCUUACCCUACCCUAAGGACCCGACCCGGAAAGGCGACAUUAUCGUCCAUUUUGACAUUCAGUUCCCAUCCUCUCUGACGGAAAGUGCCAAGGAAAUUCUCUCUGAAGUUCUUCCAUUUGGAAAUCGUCAAGCGAGGUGAUGUGUAAGCCAUGUUAGCCAGCUGGGGCGGGCGGCGAUACCUGUGAGAUGAUGUCACCUGCUGGAGAUAGCAGGCGCCUUCAGCUGGUGGACGUGAUGUCAUGUGCAAGAGGCGCACAACCAAGCGCCCCCCAUCCCACCUCCCAAGUUUAUUUGGUUCCAUUUAUUUAUUGUAUAUAGUUUAGAUUUACACGUUGUGCUUCAACGUCAUUAGUUGUUGCAUUGCUAUAGCUCUUGUACCAAGAGUGAUCAAACAGGCAUAAAUCUGAGUAGUAGUGUUUGCUUUGCUAGUUUUCAUUUAGUUUCAUCCAUUCAUGUUGCAGAAAUCUUUUGUUCCAUUUGUAAAUAAUCGUUGUAUAAGAAUGAAUCGAACUUGUUUUGUACAAAAGGAAAUUACUUAACAUAUGACACCAAAGAAUCGCUUAUAUCACUUGUUGGUGUAAGUAAAAUAAAGCUAUAUUUUAUA